CGGUUGAUGAGCGAUUGGUUCAUUGUUGAUAAGUUUAUUAAACCUGAAGAUGAAAAUGAAGGUUUGAUUGAAAUUCUAUUAAUCUGUGCAAACACUUUCAUGUUAUAUGCUAGUUCUAAUUAUCUUAUUCAUUUAGAUGAAAAUAAUUCAAGUGUAUACUUGAAUAAACGUAUACCAAAAAGAAAGGUUGAAGAAAUAUUGCCAUAUGAUGCCAAUUUUCGGAAAUAG